AUGGAUAAGAUGCAGGACAUGCUACGAUUUGUGGUCGAGCAUCAUCCGCGUAUCUUCAAGAUCUCUUAUGUUGCUCUGAUACUUCCCAUCGUCAUUCUCUCUAUCAUCCCUCUUCUAUCUCCGAUAUUCCUCCAACUGCCCAAUGCAGAUGUCGUCGAGUUCCAGCUCAGAAGAUCGCAAUCCGUGAUUGAUAUUGGCUACUACAACCGCUGGUUCAAGGACGCUGACGGCGAAACCUACUUCCAUGCCUGCAUCAGCACUGUUGGUCACCAUGCCACUGGCAAAACACUCGCACGGCAAUGGGGCAAAGCAGCUGCGGCAGGUCCCAGGAUCUACGAGCGCCUGGUCGAAGACUUUGACAUGACGAUACAGCUGCAGAGAGAUGCGAUGUACCCUGGCCUUCUUAUCGCUGCUGCUGUACUCUGGACCAUCAGCAUUGCUCUCUUCCACACUGGCUCUUACGUCAAGGGAAACAGGGAGCAAUGGGUACUGAGGGCAUGCAAGGGAUUUGCUGUUAUUGCAUCUCUGCUGUUUGUUGUUGCUACCACUGCUACGACUGCUGGUGUGUAUCCUCUUGUACAAUACUUUGAUCCUAGCACCGGCUGGGAUGCUGAUGGACGUAUGGGAGCUAUUCUGGCGGUGCAGUGGGCUGCUGCUGGUGCUAUGGCUGUGCAUACUUUGCUUGCUUUUGCUGUUACUGGGGAUAUGCAAGACAAGUCGGAGGGUCAUCGAUGUGUUACCUCGGUCCUUCAAUCAACCUCACCGCCUGACUUCUUGUCGAGAAACACGACUCUCAGACCCUAUCUCUUACAACGGAUCGGACAUCCUGUGCCUCGCCAUCACUAUGAGCUCGAUGACCAGCCCCAUGUGGAUUCUUAUACGACAGAGUGCGGGACCUCUACCCUAUCAACCCAUACCAAGGCGCUUCUUCUCUGGGAAAAGUGCUACCUCAAGCACGCCGAUGACAAAGGUUUCCACGUUCUUGUCGAUGAAGACUCCAACAUCACUGGUCUGAUUGAUUGGUAA